CCCUGCCCCGCCCGUGUGUGGCCUUGACUCUGCCCGUGUCUGUUCCCCACCCUCAGGCUCUGCAGGCCCUGCAGCGACAGCCGAACGCCGCGGCCCAGUACCUCCAGCAGAUGUACGCGGCCCAGCACCAGCAGCUGAUGCUACAACAGCACCUCAGCACCGCCCAGCUCCAGCAGGUGACCCUGGCUGCCAACCGGCAGGUGACUCCGGGGAGCAGUGGCAGUGAGGGUCAGAGCAGUGGACCGGCCCAGAGCACCGUGAACCUGUCCAGCACGGCGUUGUCCCAGGCCAGCCCCCGGCCGCAGGCGGUCAGCUCUCCCGCCACCAGCGUCCUGCUCGGACCCAGCAGCCCCUCGCUCUCCCCCAGUCAGGCCAAGAUGUACCUGCAGGCCCAGGUGGUAGCUCGGACCCUGACCCGCACCGCACCCCUCACACACCAGCUCAUCCUGAUGCCCGGGGGCAGCGUGGCCACCGUCCAGUCCGAACUGUCGCCGGCCACCAGCGUGGCCCACACCGACACCGACCAGGCCCAGAACCUGGCGGUGCGCACCCAGACCCAGCUCCAGCUGCCAGCUGGCCCCAAGGCCACCCCCACUGCCCCCGGCGGGGCCCCGACCACCCUCACCGCCAGCCCCUCGUCCAGCCUCAACCUCAGCCAGGGCUCCUCGGGGCAGGCCCCGGCCUCGGCCAAGGCUCAGGGAGAGGGGGAGGCCACAGCCAAGAAGCCGGAGGCCGAGAGCGGCCCGUCUGCGCCCAGCGGGGGCGUCAACCUGGCACGCACGCUGACCCCCGCUGGGCACACCCUCAUCAGCUCAGCCGCCACCUACACGCAGAUCCAGCCGCACACCCUCCUGCACCAGCAGCUCCAGCAGAAGCAGCUGGUGAUCCAGCAGCAGCACCUGGCCAUCCACCAGCACCGGCAGUCGCAGCUCGCCCAGCUCCAGCUCUCGCAGGCCCAGUCCGCCCCCCACACUCAGACCCUGGUCGUCCAGCCCCUCAGCCAGGCCACGGCCCAGAAGCCGGCCCAGCCGCAGGCCGAGGCCCAGAAGGCGGCCCAGGCCGAGGCCUUAAAACAGGCCCCAGCCCAGCCUGAGGCCCAGGCGCCGCCCGAGGGCCAGAAGCAGGUCCCGAAGCAGGCCCCGGCCCAGCCCGAGGCCUUGAAGCAGGCCCCCGCCCAGCCGGAGCCCCUGGCCCAGACGGAGGCCCAGAAGCCCGCCCCGAAGCCGGCCCCCGCCCAGUCCGAGGCCUCGAAGCAGGCCCAGACGCAGAUGGAGCCCCCGAAGCAAGCCCAGACUCCGGCCGAAGCCUGCAACGCCCCCCAGAAGCAGGCCAUGGCCGAGAUCUGCCCCCGGCAGGCCUUGGGUAAGGCCCUGCCGCUGAAAGCCCAGGCCACGGCCCCCAGUUCUUCCUCCUCCUCUUCCUCCUCCACCUCCGCCCCCUCCUCGUGCUCAGCCUCGCUGCCGGCCUCGGCCAAACCCGUGUCCGGGCUGGGAGUGGUGACGCCAGGGCAGGGGCAGGCCUCCCCGUCGGGGACCCCCACCCCUCCCACCUCCGCCGGCCCCGUCCUGCAGAACUCGGCCUCCACCCAGACGCCGGUGUCGGGCCUCAGCCCCCAGGCCCAGGACUGGCCGCAGCCUCAGGCGGAUCUGGGCUGUCCCCAGCUCCAUCUCCCGCUGAAGUCAGCCGUGAAACGGAAGGCGGAGGACGAGGAGGAGGAGGUGGAAUUCCCGAACCUCGGACCGCCGGAACUGAGUCCGAACCUCAGCAGCGGCCAGGACCUCAAGCAGUCGUCUGCAGGCAAGACGGAUUCGAUUCACUCUGGGCCGCCAGUCCUGACCUCCGUCAACAGCCUCCUGAAGGUUAAUCGUCACGUGGGAGACAGCAAACCACCCCAGGCAAUCGUCAAGCCUCACAUUCUCACCCACGUCAUUGAAGGGUUCGUCAUACAGGAGGGCGCAGAACCCUUCCCUGUGGACUCUGCCCGUGACCAGGGCAAUGCCAAGCAGAAGACGCAGGAGCCCCCGGUUCUCCAACCUGAGACGCAGAUCAGCUCUCCUCUCCCCGACCCGGAGAACACCCAGCAGCCAGGGUCGGAGGUCGGCGGCGAGAUGCUCCGGUGCGAGUUCUGCAGGUGCCUGGAACCGGCGGACAAGUUCAAGAGGUCAAAGCGUUUCUGUUCCAUGGCCUGUGCCAAGAGGUACAACGUGAGCUGUCGGAAGGGCGUGCGCCGUUUCACGGUCGAACGGGUGGACCCUAUGCCCAAGGAGACGGUGACUCGCCUGGCCCGCAGGUCAUCGCGACGGGAGAGCGGCGACGCCCUGCGCAGCCCCCUGCACAAGCGGCUCGCCAAGGGGCUGGAAGACUCGGGCCGGACCAGCGAUCUCGGCGGCUUCGAGGACUCGACCGCGGCCAGGCAGCCGGCGGCCCUCGAGAGGGACCUGGGCGCAGGCGGGGGCCCGGGGUCCGAGCUGCCGGGGGCCGGGGCAGGCCUGGCCACCGGGAACCCGGCCCUGUGGACCGUCCAGCAGGUCCACGACUUCAUCUCCUCCCUCCCAGGGUGCGAGGAGCUGGCGGCCGAGUUCCGGCUGCAGGAGAUCGACGGCCAGGCCCUGCUCCUGCUGAAGGAGGAACAUUUGAUGACAACUAUGAAUAUCAAGCUGGGCCCCGCGCUGAAGAUCUGCGCCCGCAUCAACCUGCUGAAGGAGCUGUAGAGCGGGGACGAGGGGCUGGGGGAGACGGCCAGACCGGCCAGACGCUGGGGAGGGCGGCUCGAGCGAGAGAGUGU